AUAUGUUUGAGACGAGUUGAACUUGAAAUUUUGUUGUUGUCUUCAUACUGUAUCGCUGAAAGAAGAUGUAAAGAUAAGUUGGUUGAUAAGAACAGUAUCAGUACAACACAUAUGAAAGGAGCUGAAGAUUGUAGUGACUCGGCUCAGUGUGGCCACAUCAUGGCGCAGACACGCAUGAAGGUCAUCUUUGGUCAUCUAAACCAAAGAAACCAACAAGCUGUUGUUCCUCAGCUGCUGUCAAGUUCUGCAAGAAUAGGUGCAACAAGUGAUGAUGUUGGAUACCAGUACACUCUAAACAACUCUCGACUAGCACUUGCUCAGAGAGCAUUCUAUGAAGAAAAUGGCUUCUUGGUGAUUCCCAACUUAGUGCCUGAUGACAAAAUUGAUAAAUGGAAGGAUCGUUUUUUAGACAUUGUGGAUGGACGGGUUUCUUCUGGCAAAAUGUUGAAGAUGAAGGAUAUAUCCCUAAUGAAAUUAAAAGGUGUACCUGGAGAACAAGUCGUCAACAAACUCCAGGACUUUGUAUGGGAUGAAAUCCUCUCGGAACACAGUACACUUCCCCAGGUGCUAGAUUAUGUAGAAUGUUUCACUGGUCCCAAUAUCAUGGCCAUGCACACUAUGCUCAUCAACAAGCCUCCAGAUCCAGGUAGCAACACUUCACGCCAUCCAAUCCAUCAGGACCUUCAUUACUUUCCCUUCAGGUGGGAUAUUUAUUAUUUCUUUUAUAAAUUACAGAAUACUGUAUAUAAUAUAUAAUGAAUAGUGAUUUUU